AUGGAAAGUGUGGCGUUGGACAAAGAAAUGAAGGACGAAAUCAUAUCGGAUAUCGAGUGGUUCUUCAAAAAACGUACUAUCGACUUAUACAAGAAGCGUGGUAUCGCUCAUCGGCGCGGCUAUCUCUUCUACGGCGCCCCCAGGUACUGGCGAAACGAGCCUUUGCCGUGCCUGCAAGAGCUCUUUCGAACGCUUCCCGAACGCUGUCUGGUGCUUUUAGACGAUCUUGAUACUGCAGGAAUCAUAAGGGAUGGCAGUACGGUCAAUGACGACAAUGUGGAAAAAGGCCAAGGACGGGUGACUAUGGCUACCCUUCUGGGGGUUUUGGACGGAAUAGGCUCUCAUGAAUACUUACUUGUAGCUACUACCAAUGUCAAGCCAGAUCUUGAUCCUGCUCUGACCCGACAUGGGCGGAUUGAUAAGCAAUACGAAUUCCAAAACCCUGAUCGGUCGACCUUGGAGGACUACUUCAACCAUGGACUUGCUACCGAAUUUGCGAAACAAGUCCCCGAGAGAACUGUGACGCCCGCUGCCAUUCAAGAGUAUUUCUUGAAAUGCAACGAUCCUGCCCCAGCAUUGGCCGAAGUAUCUCAGCUAUGCAAAUAA